AUCAAGCUCCUUUCAUCUUCUUCUUUUUACUCUCUCGAGCUUGCAACAAAAAAAAGUUACUAAUGGAGAAGCUGUAAGAAAAAUAUUUCUAUUGUCUUCAAAAAUCUUUUCACAGAACAACAAUGGCGUCUCUCACACCCGGUAUCCUCUCAAAGCUCAUCGAAAAUGCCGGUAACAAGAACUUCAAAGUCACCGGCGAGCACCGGUCGCCUCUUCUCCAAGUCCUCGAGAUCGUCCCUUCUCUUCCCGGUGCCGGUGACGACGACCAAAACGACCCGUUUCGAACCAGAGGCUUCUUCUUGAAGCUCUCCGAUUCUCUCCAUUCCGCUUACGCUUCCAUUGCCGACGACGACUUGGAUUUAAUUUACAGCGACAAGAUUCAGUUGGGUCAAUUCGUUCACGUCUCCCGGUUCGACCCGGCCCGAUCCGGUUCUCGGGUCCCGGUUCUUCGUGGCUUGAAGCCCGUUUCUCGAAGAAAGCCUUGUGUUGGAAAUCCCAUUGAUUUGGUCUCCAGCGAUGCCUUACCCAUUUCACGCGCCGCCGUAAGCGGCGGUGGACUCUCGAAACGAGCCGUCGAGCCAAGGAGGAGGUUGAGUUUGGACUCGGCGCGGCGGGGGUGGGACCGAGGGACUCCGCCACCAGCUGCCGCUGUAAAGGCUACCGGUUUGCCGCCGGGUAGGGCGUCUUCCGAGAUUGGGUCGGCCAAGGCUCCGAAGUUUUCGCCAUUAAAAACUAAAGAUGAGAGCUCUUUGGUAGCGAAGCUGACGAGCACAGUCAAACGGAAAGAUGUGAAGUUACCGGCGGAAAUCCGCCCCCUUCCGGUGGCCGUGGAUUUGAAAAAUUGGCCGGAGAAGAAUAUAGCGUGGAGGGCGCUGCCGUCGACGGUGGCCAUUGCUGGAAAGAAAGUUGUUAGAAGUCGAAAUCUUGCAUUUAUGGCUGCAGUUCAUGCCUUGGAAGAAACAGCUGCUACUGAAGCUCUCCUUCAUUCUAUGUGCUUAUUUGGAGAACUAUGUGAGUCUUCAAAGCAAAUUUCUGGUGGUAAAUUGGCAGAGCAAUUUUUACAACUCUAUGAGAGAAUCCAACAAGCACACUCAACCUUGAAUUCAUUGCUCAACAAUUUGCCAUCACCAAAUUCAAACAUACACAACUUUAGCCAUACCAACAAUACUAAUGCCACUUCAUGGAUUCAGGCCGCUAUUGCUACAAAUCUUUCCAAUUUCAAUUUGUUCCAAUCAAAAGAUCACAAGCUCGAAUCUCAAGUUCAAGAAAAACAACUCUAUAUCGUCACCGACAACGCUACAAACAAACUCGAUUUCGAAAACCAUUCCCCUAAACCAAACCCCACGAAUCGCAAAAGUUAUCCAUCUAAAUUAAAUACUAAGCUAUCACAUUAUUCCAAAAAGGAGGAGUGGGAUAGCAGGAAUGGUUUAAAAGAGGCUGUAGAAUUAGCAAGAGAACUACUCUCGGUUUCGCGUCGAUGGUUUGUGAAGUAUUUGGAGGAUUUGCUUGACAAUGCUUUUGGGCUACUAGUAAAGGAAAAUGGUAAUGAGAUUGCAUAUCUUCUUAGGCAGCUCAAAAGGGUAAACGAAUGGAUGAACCAGUUGAUUGAAAGCAAAGUCGAGAUCCAUGAUAAAAUGGAGCUAUUGAGGAAGAAAUUGUACAAAUUUCUUCUAAAUCAUGUCGAUAUGUCCACUUGAUCGUGCCGAUAGAGAUACAAGUUGAAGGAUCACAUCGACUAGACUACUGAAGUAAAAAUUUCAAAUACUAACUUCUUUCAAAGUUUAGGGUAGAAAUUUUAACCAAAU